AUGAGUUGGACAUGUAUGACUUCAAAAACGACUAUUUCUAUGACAAGUUAAAUAUUUGUCUUGAACUGAGACAUUGGGAUCAACUUUAUCUACUGGCUAGAAAUAAGCUUCAAAAAAAUCCAGAUGAUUGGAGCUCGUGGAAGUCAUUGCUUCAACUUUUGUACACAGAAAAUGGUCCUUUACGACAGCUGAAUCUUGAAAGAGCUGGGCUUGUCGAUGCCCUCAUAAAAUCGAUAAUUAGGCUGUGGCCACAGGCGAGAGGACCGCAAUUAGCUCGUCUCGAUUUAUACGGUAAUUUGCUGCUAGUUAAAUCGGAGAUUGCCCCUUCCAAAGACAUAGUCGUUGAAAGUCUAAAAUCUUUCCUUCAAGCUUUCGAUUCUAAGCCAGUGUGUCCUUAUGAUAUCGCUUAUUUGCUUCCCAUCCUUCUUCCUCAUGAUGAGGACCGCUGCAAAGUAAGUACACCUGUCAUAUUAUGUUUGUAA